GUAUAUUAUAAAUGAAACCAUUUGAACCCAUCUUCUCUGAGGUAGAAUAAGUGAUCAUAACAAUUUUCUAUCCUUCUUUCUAUUUCAACCAUCCUUCCUCUCAAAAUUUCGCAGUGGCAGCCAUCUUUGAACCACCGGUGAACCAUUAUCAAACGUCAUCUGAGCCAUAGCCACACCCCUCAACGCCUCACUUAAUAUUUGCCUAUGAUAGAUACGAUUACCUACCAAAUACACACAUCAAACCACCUUUACUAUCAACACAAGAAGCAAACCCCAACCAUAUGUACCUGACUCUUUCAAAUAUCUAAAUUCAAUUCAAUCUCCAUCAGCCAACUUAUUAAUCCAUCAAAUCCAUUAAAAUGUCAGACGAGACACCAACUGCGCCCGAGGGCGAUUCCCAAAUCACCUUCAAGGUCAAAACAUCCUCUGAUGGAAAUCACACAAUCACCAUGGCAGAGGCGGCAACAGUUCUCGACCUAAAGACAAAGCUAGCUGGAGAUGAUUACGAAAAGAUUCCGGUAGAUCGCCAACGAUUAAUCUACUCCGGUCGCGUUAUGAAGAAUGAGGAGCCAUUAAGCACUUAUAAGAUCAAGCCUAACAAUACGAUACAUAUGGUUAAGAGCGCACAAAGCAACGUAGCCAAUGCUGCAGCCAAUGCCGCAACUGGCGCUGCAGCAAGUCUUCCAACUAACAUGGCUGCCGGAACUGCGAACAAUCCUCUUGCUGGUUUGACCGGUGCGCGAUAUGCAGGCCAUAUGGGUCUUCCAGGCGCUGAAAUGUUCGGCGCAGAUGGUGGUAUGGGUGCACCCCCAAGUGAAGAUGCGCUCGCUCAAAUGAUGGAUGAUCCCAAUAUUCGCCAAACGAUGAACGAAGCUCUUAACAAUCCGGAUCUUGUCAAUAUGAUGAUUCAAAAUACUCCAAUGCUUAGAGAUAUGCCCAACGCGCGCGAGAUAUUACAAUCACCUAUGUUCAGAAACAUGCUUACAGAUCCGAAUUCUAUUCGACAAGCUGCUGCGAUGAGAAGACAAAUGGGAGGUGGAGGGGCUGGCGGCUUUCCCGCGCCCGGCGUCACUGAUACCACGCCUGCUGGAGCAGCAGGAAGUACACCAGGAAGUGGUCAGCCCAGCGUACCACCUUUCAAUAUGUUUGGAAUGCCUGCUGCGGGAGGUGCUAAUAAUCCAUUCGCAUCAUUGUUCGGUGGACCGGGAGCAGCCGCAGGUCAUACUCCAGCCCAAACUCCUCCACCUCCUGCUUCUGCUGGGGGAACUCCAUCAACUGGCACAGAUGCUAAUCCACCGAAUCCCUUUGCCUCGAUGUUCGGAGGAGCGGGUGCUGGAGCUGGAGCUGGAGCUGGAGCAGCUGGUGCGGGAUUUAACCCCUUCCAAGGAAUGCCACAACCCACGCCAGAACAAUUACAACAAGCAAUGCAAAUGAUGCAAAAUGGAACAUUCGGAGAUGUGUUUGGUCCCGGUGGAUUUGGCGGUAUGGGUGGAAUGGGUGGUGCGGCCCCAAGUGCACCUGCAGCUCCAGCAGACACCAGACCGCCCGAAGAAAUCUACGCCGAUCAACUUAGGCAACUAAAUGAUAUGGGAUUCUUCGACUUUGACAGAAAUGUGGCAGCUCUAAGACGAAGUGGGGGAAGUGUUCAGGGAGCCAUUGAACAAUUGCUAAGCUAGAUUUUUUGGGUAUUUCCUUGCUUUUUAAAUGUUUCCUUGGGGGGAGGGGCAAAGUGUCAAUAUCACGGAUAAAUGAAUUGAUGGAAAUUUUUCCGGAAGAUUGAUUCACUUUUUUGCAUUUUCAUGAGGAAUUUUAUUUUCAAGAUUUACUUGUUUUGCUGAACUGGGUUGAACUAAGCUAAGCGCUUUACAUCGGGUGUUGGGGAGUCAAUUAAAUCAGUUAUGAAUAUCUGCUUUGAGACAAUGUGAUUGAUUAGAAUUAUAUGUGACUGGUGUGCGCUAUUCAGCUGUGCAGAUGAAGUAUGGAAGUAUGGAAAUAUUGAAUUGGGUUAUAAGUGGAAUAUCCUAGCAACGUGGGAGACAGUCUACGGGUUUUAUAUUUAUGGAACAAGGUUUCCAUGCUUAUUCACCUAGAUGAGGAAGAUCUUGAUUUUUUCACUUGGUACUUCUCACUUACUUCGUACGUCGGGCUUAUACAUGAAGUCCCUUUGUUAGUUCGUCGGUGAGUAGAUGUGUUUCUGUCGGAUUGGUGAGUGAUUGGAACAAUUGUUUGCGAGGAUUCUUAUGAAUCUACUCUAGAGCGUAGAUUGGUAGGAAAAGGCAUGAGAUAGGUUUGAGUGUUGUGAGUAGGUACCUAGGUAAUCAUGCUUGAAGCCCUAGGAAUUCAUUUCGGUUUUCUUUGGGCUACUUACUUUUGGUGCGCGAGUGACGUGUAAAUGUGGGCUUGUGCAGAGGUUAUGGGGUAUGGGGUAUGGUUUUGAGACAAUGUACUGGGUGGUGAUUGUAGGUGAGGGGUUUCACGAAUAUGAGAGUGUGAUUCGUUGGACCGGGGAUCUGGAAUGAGAGUUGGGAUUUUGCUUGCGGGGAAUAGGGAGUGGGAAAGUACAAGCUGAGUAUGGAGGGAUUUUGGGGAAUGACAGUGAGGUUGCUUGUAGAGUUGAGUGGUGAGAGGAUUGAGGAGGGGAGAAGAGAAGAGAAGGGGAAGGGGAAGAGGAACGGGCAGAGGAAUAGAAAUCGAGACAAUACUAGGUAAUGAGUGCUCUCUAGGGCCGAGAUUCGGAUUAUCUAAUAGCUUCAUAGAAGGGCGAGCUCAAAAACUAGAGAUUACUUGAUGAUUAUGUUCUAUGAAUAUUAUUAGGUGAUAAUGUCA